GGCCGGGCAGACUUUCUCAUACUUUCCCCAUACUUCGGCACCUGCCGAACAUACUCAGAGACUCACAAACAACCGUCUCGUCACUCAGAACCCCAAGACGGUCCUGCGGUCCGGUACCGCCAGUGGAGGUGGAGUUCACACCCGGUAAAACUGCGUAGCAGGCCCGGUGGCACUCUCUGAAGUAUCCCAAGUGUAACGUGCCCAGCUGGUCCAAAGAACAAGAACAUGUGGAGAGGGGUGCUUCUCCUGUUCCUGUGUGGCGUCACUGCUUACGUCACCGCAGCCCCUGCUGCGCCCGACCCUGAUGGCCGUCCUGCCCGUGGGAAGAGAGCAAUUCCCGCCUUUGUGGCAUCAGCUGCGAAGGAUGUCGGUGCGAAGGUGGUGUCAGCUCUCGGGGACAGGAUCGCGGAGGGAGUCGUCGAGAAUCACCAGGAGAAAGUGGUGUCUGCUCUGGAGGAUUACUUCUCCGGACAGUUCGACAAGGCGGACGAGGAGUUUGACAAUGUUAUUGGGCGGAGCGGAAACCUCUUGGCAGCUGCUCAAGAUGUCGAACAGGCUCGAGUUCAGGUGUUGCACGGGAGAGGAUCCAACACAGGUGAUACCUUCUCGCCACCGAGUCAGGAGGUCCGGAUGACCUUUGAGCACAGGGAUGAAAAUGCAGAACAGGACAGCUCACAACUAGGCGGGGCUCGCGCUUACCCCUUCGGACUCGGGCCAAUCAUGAUGAACGGCUGCUUCGGGACCAACUACCAGGAGGGUGACCCGUGCUUCGAGGCUUUUACCCCGAUAGAGAACUGUGCUAACAUUAUCGAAGGAGCGACUUUCAUGGGGGUGGGGUAUGACGGCCGGGGUGAGUACUCCAGUGAGUCCAGGAAGAAGAGUCUCGUCCAGCGAGCCUGUGAAACCUUACAAGGAUAUAAGGAUUUCCACGUACCUGACCAAAUGACCGUACAGGGGGUGUACGAUACCGACUUGGAGCUCUACACCUUCAGCGGCGUGGAGGAAUACAGGCAUUACCUGGAGGACAAGUCUGCCGUGACGUCAGCCAAGGGUAUGUUCCAGCAGGAGAUGAACAAGGUUCAGGGACACGGGGGAGGCGGGGGCGCCUUCGGGUUUGUAGCGUCUGCAGGAGGUGGACAGUCAAAGCAGACCGGCUCGGACAGUCAGACAUCCAACACCCAGUCCAACUCACUGGCGGGCGCUCAGCUGACUGAAACCUCCACCGAAACUUACAUAUCCAUGCUAGAGCUGAACGUCUUCAGAUACGAAAUAUUCCUGGACUCCGUCAGACCUCAGGAUCUCGAGUUGGGAAUCCUGCGCGACUUCCUGACUUUACCGACGUCCUAUUUCAGCAUCGGAGCAGACAGGGCGUUCCAAAACUUUAUUCUCCGCCACGGAACACACUACAUCACCUCUGCCAAGCUCGGUGGACAACUGAAGAUGAUAAAGACGAAGACGGCAACCGCAGAAGUCUCCAAGGAAAGUUUCGCUCAGGCUGCCCAGUCGGAUUUCAAGAAAGUGUUCAGCACAUUUUCUGCAAAGCAGACCAUGACCAAGAGCAGCAGCUGGUUUCACGACCACGAAACAAAGAAUGAGAAGCAGACGUCGUCAGGACAAGAAACCCAGGAUACCGCGUCUCAGUCGUCAAAUGAAAACCAGGAAAACAUCAACGAGAUGGAGUUCAGCAACGAGGUAAUGAUGGUGCAGGGAGGCAGUCAGAGGAUUGCUGGCUCCAUCACCGAACAGUACACGACGAGCUUUGGAAACUCGCUCAAAGACUGGCUGGAGUCCAUCAACGAGUUUCCCAAAGCUUUCGAGUUCACCAUGCAGCUGAUCUCUGACCUGUUCGACAUGAAUCUGGAUCUGCUCUUCCCCAGUGGCAUCACGGACUACGGCUGUUUUGGCAGAAAGUCGCUGAGUGUAGAUGCCAACGGUAAGCAGUACUACACCCAGCAGGUGCCUCACGCCAACGGGACAGGAUUCUCCACAGAAGUCCGCUACUGUGACUUCGCCUCACAAGACGAGCUGAGGGAAGGGUUACUAAAUCGGAGGCUCGCCCUGAAGCGCGCCAUCGCUGUGUAUUUAGAAGAGGGUCCUUUUCUCAGCACGGAUUUUGCCGUACCGGGCGGGGAACCCGGAUGUGAAACCGCGGAGAUGGUUGUCGCGGGCGGGCCGAACUGGGCAGCCCCCGACUGGCAGCAAAUGACCAGCGGGCAGGAGUUCACCGUCAUCUUCGACAUGCCGUCCAGCAUUCCCAACCUCCUCACAGCCAAGGCCGCCCUCAACCUGAAGUACUUGUUCAACAAGUGGCUGCCUGUCAGAGAGGGGGUCACCCCGCACCUGUACGAUGGUCGCGACAACGGCAACAGUGGUGACCUCAGCAGGAACAAGAUUAGUGUGGGCGGUCUAGUGAUGACGUAUGACGGGGCUACAGGCCUGCUGAGUGUGACGCAGGAGGACUUUGAGGCGUCAUCAGCCGCCAUCCCGGACCUGCCUGCCUGGCUGAACGGCAUGACUAUCGCCAGGGCGCAGCACAAGUCACUACUGGAAGAACACAGCAACCAGCCGACUAGGGGGACCAGGGGAGCCAUGCCAUGUAAUAUCAAGUGGUCCAACUUCAACCGAAUCGACCCAACCCAAGGGGGCAAGUGUGUCCACUUCACUGCUGCCUCGGCCGGUAACAUCUACGUGGUGUUCGCUGGCGUUCCACGCAAGCAGGAUACCUGGCUGUACCUGCAGAUUUCCCCCGACGGCGUGGCGCUCUAUGUGGCCAUGCAGCUGGAGGCUGCCCAAUUUGAACAGGGUUCAACAGGCCUAGGGUCUGACAAUCUGUACCAGUCCUACUUUGUCUGCAUCACGGAGGACCUCCAAGCUCGGAAGACAACUGUCCAGUACGGCAAGACACCCGACAAUGAGGAGCAGGCUCAUGUCUGGCUUGACUACCAGUUCAGCGGCAUCCCAACCGUCCAUUUCUACGCGUUCGGCAGCGGCACUGAAGAUGUAAAGAUGAUGGGCGUGUCUCAGCUGGACCCGUUUCCCGAGGACCUCAUGGUCUGUCGCGAGGGAACAGAACAGUUUGGCAGUAGAUGUGUGCAGGUGUGUCAUGAGGAGUGCGAAGGCUGCCGCACGACCGGGUCCGAUGAUCCGCGGGAUUGCAUAGCGUGUGUGAACAUGACGGUGCCAUACCCGUACUUGGACGGACAUGAGGGAGACUUUGAGUGCGUGGCAGACUGUCCUUACACCAUGACCGCGCCAGCCGGAUCCUCGAACUGUGAAUGUAUAAAGCAGAUGGCUGACGUCUCACCUGCGGGCGUGGUCACGUGUGUGUCGGAGUGCCCUCUCACCCACUAUGACGACAACAAUAUCUGCAGGAGAUGUAGCGGGUUCUGUGAGGAUGUGACCGACCAGGGGACACGGAUGUGCUCCGGGCCCGAGCUUGACCAGUGUGAGAACUGCCUGUACAGGGGGACGGACGGUAGCUGCACACACGGAUGUACCCCUGGCGAGAAGGCUGUGGAAGAGACAGGAACUGGAGGCAGCAGUUUAGAGUGCUACUGGGAAGGGAUAGCUCCGUUUUGCAACCCAGGCAGCUGCGACCGCGGAUAUCAGGUGGCUACCGACAGAUGUGGGGAUGGGGAAUGCUGCUGGACGGGAAAUAAGAUAAAAUGCUGCACUGUGACCACAGAUAUCCGACUUGUGGGUGGAACUGGGUUCCUGGAGGGGAGAGUUGAGGUGUACCACGACGGUCAGUGGGGGACAGUCUGUGAUGAUGGCUGGGCAAUAGAGGACGCACACGUGGUGUGUCGGAUGCUCGGCUUCGGGGACGCUCAGGAAGCAACAACUCAGGCAUCGUUCGGCCAAGGCUCGGGGCAGAUCUGGCUAGACCAAGUGGCCUGUUCCGGUACUGAGGCAAGUCUGGCCGCCUGUACCCAUAAUGGUUGGGGACUGCACGACUGUGACCAUCAUGAGGAUGCUGGUGUUGUCUGCACUGCCCCUGGAAGCGAAAGCCGUGAGUACAUCAGCCUGGGUUGCUGGAGGGACACAGAUGACCGCGCCAUUCCGACACUCGAGGGGACAGAUCCACGCCUGGACGGAGACUACGAGUCACGAGAAAAUCCCAUAGAGAAGUGUUACCAGGUAGCACUUUCUCGUGGCUUUCCGGUGUUUGCUCUACAAAAUGGCGGUUGGUGUGCUGGGUCUGCUGAUGGGCUCAACACGUACGACAGGUACGGUCCUUCCACAACCUGCGCAUCGGACGGCGAGGGCGGACAGCGAGGAAAUGAAGUAUACAAGAUUUCAGACACAGGUGGCACAGCUGGCACCUUCACCUGCCGGCCCUGUCAGCCCGGCUACAGGUGUGUACUGGGAGACCAAGUGGAGGAGAUCUGUCCGGCGGGGACGUACAGCAGGGCGGACGGGACGGCGUGCAACCAGUGCCCGCCAGGAGAGUUCAGCAGCACGGCCGGGUCCACCAGCUGCCAGCAGUGCCAGCCUGGAUGGUACAGCUUAUAUUCCGGGUCUACCAGCUGCCAGCGCUGCAGGGCUGGGACCUACAGCAACACGGCCGGGGCCAGCUGGUGUCGUCAGUGCCCGUCUGACUCUAACAGUGUAGCUGGAUCAACCUCCUGCCAAAGGUGCUACUGGGAAGGGACAUCUCCGGCCUGUGACCCAGGCAGCUGCGACCGCGGAUAUCAGGUGGCUACCGACAGAUGUGGGGAUGGGGAAUGCUGCUGGGGGGGAAACAAGAUAAAAUGCUGCUAUGAUGUGGUGUAGGAAGGUCCCCCUGGUUUCCUAAGGCAUGACACACACUGAAGACGUUCUAAUGUGGAUUGUGACGCAACUUUAAUAAUAUGAAAUUUAAGUAAGGUACAUACAGUAGUUAAUGGCGACAUGGUUACUCCAUGAUGACGACUGUCUGACAAUCCGUCACUAUGUUGCCCGGAUGUAGUACUCAGGUCUGCUUAGCGCUCACCCAUCGUGUGGUCCUACACCGAUGUUUCCCUCUGGUUAAUCUUAGCAUUCACCCAUUGUGGUCCCACACCGAUGUUUCCCUCUGGUUAAUCUUAGCGCAUCAUGUGGUCCCACACCGAUGUUUCCCUGUGGUAAAUCUUCACGUUCACCCAUCGUAUGGUCACACACCAAUGUUUCCCUCUGGUUAAUCUUAGUGUUCACCCAUCAUGUGGUCCCACACCAAUGUUUCCCUGUGGUCAAUCUUCACGUUCACCCAUCGUAUGGUCACACACCAAUGUUUCCCUCUGGUUAAUCUUAGUGUUCACCCAUCAUGUGGUCCCACACCAAUGUUUCCCUGUGGUCAAUCUUCACGUUCACCCAUCGUAUGGUCACACACCAAUGUUUCCCUCUGGUUAAUCUUAGUGUUCACCCAUCAUGUGGUCCCACACCAAUGUUUCCCUCUGGUUAAUCUUAGUGUUCACCCAUCAUGUGGUCCCACACCAAUGUUUCCCUGUGGUCAAUCUUCACGUUCACCCAUCGUAUGGUCCCACACCAAUGUUUCCCUCUGGUUAAUCUUAGUGUUCACCCAUUGUGGCUCCACACACCAAUCAGGGCUCAAAAUACUGGGUGCAUGUGCACCCAGGUGCACCCAAAAUUUGAGCUGUGCACCCAAUUUUUUUCUGUGGGUGCACAGGGUGCACCCAAAUAUUUUCGUAGGUUUACCUAUACAUACUAGUAUGCACCAUAUUCUUGACAUCCAACUGUUAGAAAUAUAAUAAAAUAUCUGUCAUAGUAACUUACUUGUUUAAGAAUUUGAAGUUCAAUUUGGAUUCAUCAAAAUUUUAGAUGCCCAGAAGAGGAACAGUAAGGUUUUUCUACCUAAUCCUCUAAUUAUUUUAUGUGGUGCACCCAAAAAUUGUUUGGUACACCCAAUUUUUUAGGUUGGGUGCACCAGUGCACCUAAUCCCCGAAACGAAUUUCGAGCCCUGCCAAUGUUUCCCUCUGGUUAAUCUUAGUGUUCACCCAUUGUGUGGUCACACACCAGUGUUUCCCUCUGGUUAACCUUAGUGUUCACCCACCGUGUGGUCACACACCAAUGUUUCCCUCUGGUUUAUCUUGGCGAUCACCCAUAUUCUACACGACAUGUUCUACUUUGACAUUAAUGGACUAACUGGCAGUAGCAAUGGACAUGUUAUAUCAAGAAAGGUAAACCUUGAAACUUAAAACGUUCCGUCAUGAUGGGUGAGAGGCUGGUAACUGAUCUGAUAAGGAUUAUGGAUACCCAGGAUGUUACCAGUAACUUUUUUCAUUUGAUUUAUUCAGCUGUAUAGAGCCAGAGCUACCCAACUAAACGAAGGCUAUUAUCAAGGGCUAGCUAUAAAUAGUCAUUUAUUUAGUUUAAACCAAGAUGCGGCUGAGUCUUUUUCUGAUAUGAUAAUGCCAUUUGUACUCAGCUAAUCUGAGGAAUAUUGAUUUAGCUUAGAACUUAAGCGAGCUUCAUAAGAAAGAUAUUUCCAGAAUACUUGCAACUUCUUUGAAAAUAUUCAAUAUCCAUUUUAUCCGAUAUAUUCUAGAAAUACUAAAUCAUCCAUUGAAACAUGGAUCAAGUCAGGCAACAGAACUCCACACACUGCUACCAGAGGAAUGUAACAGGUUUCAGCUUGUCACAACUUGACAGAAGUACAUGGCAAAACUGCCAGGUUUAGUUGCAGAGAAUUCUACAAGAUACAAAAGGUGUUAGAAAACGUACUCCAAUAACAUAUUACUGUCAAACCUGUUAAUCCAAACACGGAACUCCAGUCAACCUGUAACUUCAAACCUUUAAUUCCAGUGAAACAUGUAACACCUGUCAAACCAAUGUAACCGUUUAAGACACAACAGUCACGUCACCAACCAUGUAGACUAUAUGUUCUGCCUGCAUAUCAAGAAUUAUGUUGAUCUUUAUCUUUAACUUGUAGGUUGAAUAAAUUUGCAGUUGCGUCACAUUC